AUGCAUCUCAUCAAGAUUCUUUCCGCAGCCUCGUUGGCCGCUGGAGCGGUCGCCGUCGAUCUUCGCUUUUACACCAGUAUCGCCGGAUGUGAUGGAGCAUGGUUCGCAUGCCUGGAUCUACCCCCAGGAAGGUGUUGCUCCUCGAACACAGUCCCCGCUAGCCAUUUCUUGUUCAGAAACCUUCCUCCUUGGUCCGUGUUUGCUGCAUGGGUCGGCUGGGACUGCUACGGCGAGAGGCCAUGGCUGAAGGCGGGUUCUGGCCACUGGUGUAUCGGCUCGGAGGGGCUGGAGCCAUUGUGGAGUGGAAAAUGGACAGACACAAUGACUAUACCGAGCCCCGGCCCUUAUCGGCAAGGCCUCGAAGGUCGCAUCCAGACCGGCUCUGCUGAAGGUUGUGUCCAGCCGAACGCAUUCGCCUAUAACACCACGGAAGGCGUCGAACGCACCAUCUUGAUCAGCGAAUCGACAAACGUUUCGACAAUCCUCCACUACUACAACAGUCAGAAUUGGGAGGCUCUUGAGGCACUGGGAUCGGAUUGA